AUGUUGUCAUUUGAGAACAGGGACGACGAUAGAGUCGCGAACCUACAAUCCCAGGUGGCAACGCUGAUGGAGCAAGUAGAAAAGCUCACUCAACAGGCGGUCCAGGUAAAAUCCUCAGUAAACAUUGUACAAAAUGAGGUGCAAGCGCUGCAGACACUGCCAGAGCGAGUCCAACAGGAGAUAUGGAAGGACAAUAGAACANGGGCAGCUGAAAAGAACCGUGAUGAAGUAGCUCUGACGGUCUCAAAACUUGCGGGUGACAGCUGUGAGAUCAUAAACAGAGAAAUGCCAAAAAUUAAACAACUGGUAGAUCAUCUCCUUCUGUGGGAGAACUACAAUUGGGAACAGCUGAUAAGUGAGCUUAAAGAACUUCAGGCACAAGCACUACACGAUGAUCAGUGUAUGAGAGAAUUAGCGCGUUUUUUGAAUGUAGCGUCAACUGAAGUUGUCAGCACAGUAAAGACCUAUUUUGGCAAAAGUGGAAAACACAAGGAGCCUUGUUCGAAUACCCCGAACUUGGCCCAUCCUGUCGGGCAUGAGCGAUCUGAAAGUGCUGAUAGGCAACUGUUUCAGAGAGAACAGCCGAUGGAAGUGGAUAAUCCGAGCACUAGCACAAGCUUCAGAAGUGUCAUGAAACAAGUGCGAGAACGGGAUCGCGCCCCAUUUGCAGAGCUCACGCCUUUCGAUUUAGCUGAAGCUGAACGAAGUCAGUUGAAUCCCUUUAAAACAGCUACUGUACUCCGGUAUCUCAAAAUGACGACCUUGAAUUUGUUAACAAUGCCUUUUUACAGUCGUCACGAGGGAAGGAGAGGCCACUAA